AUGCGCCUGUGGCUCGACCUCUAUAGGAAUCGGGCUGCGGCACGGAUCCUGGUGGAUGGGUUUGAGCAAGGGUUUUGGAUCCCUUUCUCUGAGCGCCCUCCGUUGCUCUCCGUACGGAACCUCAUGUCCAUGCGGGCUUUCCCUCAGGUGGUGCGGGCCAAAUUGACUAAGGAGGUCUCCCUGGGUCGGAUGGCCGGCCCGUUCUCCACCCCGCCGAUGGCUAAUUUGCGGGUUUCUCCAUUGGGUGUGGUGCCUAAGAAGGAUCCUGGGAAGUAUCGUUUAAUUCACCAUUUGUCAUACCCUCGUGGGGGCUCGGUGAAUGACGACAUUUCCACGGAACUUUGCAUGGUUUCCUAUGCGUCCUUUGAUGCGGCGGUUCGCAUGGUCCGGGCGGCAGGCCCGGGGGCCUUGCUGGCUAAGGCGGAUGUGGAAUCUGCCUUUUGGCUGCUCCCGGUGCACCAAAGGGAGCUUGUGUUGGGAUCUGAGAAAGUGAUUGCGACAUAUCACACACCCUCCUACUAUUUCCUUCCAAGGGAAUAUAAAAACAGAGACAGCCAGCAACCGAGAGAGACAGUAUCUGAGAGACACAGCCAGCUUCAGGGAAAGACAGCCAGUAUCCAGAGAGAGACAGUGUCCGAGAAAGACAGUCAGCGUCUGGGAGAGACAGCCAGCGUCCAGAGGAGGUGCCAUCUGAGAGAGACAGCCAGCUUCCAGGAGAGCCAGCCAGUGACUGAGAGAGACAGUGAACGUAAGAAAUUUGCUAUGGCAGGGAACCCACUGAUACCUCCAGGUCUAGAACCUUUCCUUGGGGUUGAUAAGGUCCAUGUUAAAGAAACACGAGAAAGCUUAUUCCAGAGUUACAGUACGUUCGACUUGCUAACUGCUGAUGAUAGGCUGGUGUACAGGGCAGAGGAACAAAGAGAUUGCUGCGGACCAAGAUUUGACAUUCGGAUUCGGGACAUUCAGGGAUAUGACGUCUUCAAUGCUCUUCUCCCCUCAGACUUCUGUAGCUGUGAGACAAGGAUGGUAGUUUCUGUCCCUACUGGUAUGCCAUUGGGCUACAUAGACAAAAGUUGGGGCAGUUUAACCUCAUCCUUCACGCUGUUGACAUCUCUUGGAGAACCUUCUCUCAAAGUACAUGGCGGUGGAUGGAGCUUUAUGUCUGACAAAAACUACGAGAUUACAGCGUACAACGAUAAUGUCGUUUUGGGCGUCAUCACUCAUGUAUGGCGAGGAGUACGAAAGGAAAUGCUCAGCAGCAAAGACUACUACACUAUUCAGUUCCCGAGUGAUCUCGACGUUAAAAUCAAAGCAUUAUUGGUGGCCUGCGCAAUGCUUAUAGAUUACUUACACCGUGAACAGAGAAGACAAAGCAAUAAUUCUUAGUGAGGACAAACCAAUCUGUAAUAAAGAGUCAAG